AUGGCGAGCCCCUUUUCUGGUAGUGACGCGCUGCUGCAAGCAGCUCGAUCUUUCCCUCCUAGCCACGGGAGCUUAAACCCUCACACGAAGCAUGUUUUGUUUUGUGUCACGGGGGAGGAACUGAGCGCUCCCUCUCACCUGCCCAGCCCAUUUCAGACGGUUUCCUACUACCAUGCAGUUGGCGAAGUAUUCGUAGGGGCGGUGGGCACCAUAGUUGUUACAUCGGAGUGGGGCUCACGCCGUCCCCCCGAUGCUGUAAUACACGAACCGUUGUCCGACAUAGACCUGCAGGCUCCUGGAGGGUCGGCAUGCAGGUUCGGCGACUCCGGGAUCCAGCCAAUCACCAAAAUCGGGUUGAAGUCUGGGUGGCGACUGAUUGCCAAAUCCGAUCCACCUCAUCGCGAAACACUUGAUGCUUAUUUUGCUUCACGGUGGACAGUAGCCUGCAUAUUCUCCUUCAACCUGCGUUCAACCAUGAACCACAGUAACCAAAGCAACCCACUCAGUUGGGCCUUGGCAUACUUUUCAAAUGUCUCCCGCCAACCUGGCGCAAGUAAGCCAGAAUACAUGUUCGCUAUUCUGACUUUCAGCAUUUUCUUGUGGAUUUCUAUUACCACUGCUUCUCGCGGCAAACGGCCCCUUAUCAAUCCUCGCCGCUGGUUUGAUAUCUCUGGCAAGAAACGCAAGAUCGAGUACAUUCCGAACUGUGCAAAGUACAUUGAGCUUGGCCUCAAGUUAUUCCAGGGUCGCCCGUACCGAAUGGCUACGGACAUGGGCGAGAUCCUCAUUUUACCUGCCACAUGGGCUCACGAAAUACGCAACGACCCCAAUCUGAGCCUGAACGAGGUAUUGAAAGCCGAUUUCCACGUGGGGUACCCUGGUUUUGAACCAUUUGAGGUUGGGUUCGCUGAUGAUGGGCUUCUCCUUGCCGUCACCCGUAAGCACCUAACCAAGCACGCAGACGUUCUUAACCAGCCCCUCUCUGCGGAGGCAAGCUUCAUCAUCGAUAAGACUUUUGGUGCUCCACAUGAGUGGUGCGAGUUCGCACUGAAACCUCUUCUUGUUGACAUUAUUGCUCAGUGUUCAGCAUGCAUGUUCAUUGGUCCUGAUCAUUGUCGCGACGAGGCUUGGCUGAAGAUCACGAAAAUGUACACACUGGACUGCCUCAGAGCGUCCGAAGCUUUGCGUCUAUGGCCCAAAGUUCUCCGCGGAACGGCACAAAAGUACCUGGGCUCUUGCAAAAAGCUGCGAAAUCAUAUUGCCGAGGCGCGUCGCAUCAUUCAUCCAAUCAUAGAGAAGAGACGAGCUCUGCAUCAAAAACAUGGAGGCAAAUUGCCGCCCUCUGAGCUUCCCAACUUGGUUGAUUGGUUUGAAGAAGAAGCGGAUGGAAGACCAUACGAUCUAGCUGUUUUCCAAGUCCUCAUAUCACUUGCCUCUAUACACGCCACCUCUGAUUUAAUCAAUGAGGCGCUCUUAUGCCUAGCGCGUGACCCUCAGUUGGUGGAUGAUGUUCGGGAAGAGAUUGCAAAAGUUGUUCCUCACCAUGGGUUCAGCAAGGUUGGCCUGUACAACCUCAAGCUUCUGGAUAGCGUCAUCAAGGAGAGUCAAAGACUCAAGGUUGAUCCAGUCUUCAUGAACCGCAUUGCCACAGGAAGGGUGAAGCUGCCAGAUGGUUCAACCGUUCUGAAAGGCCAGCGCCUCUCCGUGUCCGGGGACGUCAUGCGCAACGACAAAUUGUACCAAAAUCCAAGUGAAUUUGAUGGUUACAGAUAUCUAAGGCUGCGCCAACAGCCUGGAAAUGAAUCACAGUUCCAGUUAACUAGCACGAGCCCGACUGAUUUGAGUUGGGGCCUCGGCAAGCACGCAUGUCCAGGUCGUUUUUUUGUUGCCAACGAGGUUAAGCUGCUAUUGAUUCAUAUUUUGAUGAAAUAUGACUUGAAGCUUCCAGAAGAAUACACGCCACAGAAAAGAUGCUAUGGCAUCAACGUGUCGUCUGACCCCGAGUCACGAAUCCUUCUACGCAAGCAUACACCCUACAUUGACAUAGAUUCUUUUUGCAUCGUUCUGGGCAUAGUGAGUGGCCUGGACCGAUGCUGGCCUAAGCUUAUUGUAGUAUUGAGGCAGUAUGAAAUCAUGGUUAAUGAUGACUCGCAGGUUCUAUCCGGUUGCUUGUAA